AUGGACGACGAGGAAAUGCUCAGCGGCAUGGCGACUCACUUUAGUGGUGGCUACGGCUUCCUCGGCCAUUCAUCGUCGGACGAUGAGCCGGCUGCCGAUGCCGACUCGAAGCGCGUCGCUGUCGAUGAGCUGGACAUCGGCGACUCGGCUCCGCUAACUCUGUCCGGGAGUCUCAUCAAGAUCCUUCGCUCUCGUGCCACCGACGCAUGGGAGCGGCCACGGCCAGGUGCGCUCCUCUGGGCCAACUGGGUCUUGUAUCGCGCGAGCAAUGCCGACGGCCUCUCGCCAGCUGCUGUCGCUCGCAACCUCACCGCCACCGACUCGACAGACGACACAGACCCUCUAGCCUGGGAAGAGGCAGCUCGUGGCGAGAGCUCGCCGGACCGAAGCUGGCGCACUGAGAGCCAGGCUCGCCUUGCCCUGGUGGCCGCUGUUGAGCGUGCCCGCGCCACCGAAGCUAGCCUUCCUGAAGGUCUGCUUGUGCUCGACGCAGGCCUGCUCCGCACGCUCGGCGGUGCCCUGCUGCAUGUCGGUCUGGACUCGAUGGUCGCCGGUGAGUGUGCGACGUUUGUGGGUGCCGCAGGGCUCGGUCCCGAUGCUAAUGACAGCGGUGACCUGCUGUGGCGCGCUGACGUCGAACUGGUGGCAAGCGUCGACGUCGUCCGUGUCGGCAUGCACGCCCUUGAUCCGACCCGAGCGACCAAGGACGCACUGGCGUGGGGCCAGCCACACCUUUGGACCGAGACCCUGCCGAGCUCUGUCAGCGAUGCUGCUCUCAAGUAUGUGUUUGAGCCGGCCGAGUCGUUUGUCUCGCCGGUCCCGGGCCAGUCAGUGCGGGUGGCCGUCGAUGGCGAGUCGACCCAGUUUGCCAUCUCGGACGGAAGCCGCGAAGACGACCUCGUAGAGUACACUGUGUGCACCAUGCGGCUCGGUGAGGCGUGCAUAGCUGUCCAGAGCGACGGUGACGGUGGGCUUACCUGUGUCGCGAUCCGACUGUCGGACGUCGACCGUGGCACGCCGAACCACGAGCUCUGCCCGCAGUGCAAGCUCGACGCGCUGCAAACCGCCAAGACUGUAGGCAACACAUACUUUAACGCGCAACGAUUCCGCCGCGCCAUGCAAGUCUACGAGGCUGCUCAGUGGCUCUUUGCCUCAUCAGACGCCGAGUCCAUGGACGCGCCCGCUCGAGCUGCCCGCGCCCGGCUCGAGGCCGCGUGCUACACCAACGCGGCCAUGCUGCACUUUCGCGCCGGCGCGCACCGCCCGGCAAUCUCUGCCGCCACCCGUGCGCUCGACAUCCGCCGCAAGAUCCGCGCUCCGCCCGAUGCUGUCACGCCCGCCGUCCUCAUCAAGGCGCGGCUCGUCCGCGCCCGCGCCGCCCUGUGCAUACAAGACCACGACGCAGCCAUCGCCGACUGCGAGGCUGUUCUCGAGCUUGAUCCAGGCCACGCUGCGGCUGCCGCCCUCGCCAAGCGUACUCGCCGCCGCCGCAAAGCCCAUCGCGCCGCCACAGCCACUCUCUACGCUCGCAUGGCCUCGGCCCCGGCUUCGACUCCGUAA